UUGGCGCUGACGCUGGCGGUUACGCUGGCCUGUGGCCAACCCAGCCCAACGAGAACCGAGACCGUUGAGUUGACGCCUCCGGCGGUGAACACGGUUGCCCAGCCGGGGGACGUGGCCACCGUCGCGCCUCCGCAGGCGGUUGAAUCUGCCGCGCAACCCGCGGUCGAGCAGCCGGCGCAAAGCGGGACGCCAGAAACCAAAAAUCAAUUGGCGGCGUUGGAAGUGACGGCCGCCCACGACGAAGUGAUGUCGCAUAUCUACGAGCGGACCGUCCCGUCGGUGGUCGGCUUGCGGGUGAUCAAAUCAAUCUCGAUAGGCGGGAGCACUCCGGGGAUGCCGGCGGGCGACUUCCUCUCGCGGGCCGCGGGAUCUGGGUUUGUCUGGGACAACGAAGGGCACAUUGUCACCAACAAACACGUUAUAGACGGGGCCGACAGGAUAAUCGUGGUGCUGAGCGACGGCACUCAGACCGACGCGGAGCUGAUCGGGGAUGACGCUGAUUCGGACCUGGCGGUGGUCAGGAUCACGGACGAAACGAUGCGGCCGCCGGCCAUAGCGUUGGGGGACAGCGACACGAUCAAGCCGGGGCAACUGGCGGUGGCGAUUGGUGACCCGUUCUCGCGAGGGUUCUCGAUGACUUCGGGGAUCAUCAGCGCAGUCGGGAGGACGAUCAAUCCGUCGGAGAGCAACUUUUCGGUGCCACGGGUGGUGCAGCACGACGCGGCCACGAACCCAGGGAAUUCGGGCGGGCCGCUGCUGAACCGCGAGGGUAAAGUGGUGGGGAUCAAUACCCAGAUCAUCAGCGAAACCGGGGGCUUUUCGGGCGUGGGACUGGCGAUUCCGGUGAACCUGGCGAAACUGGUGGCGCCGUCGCUGAUAGCAGACGGGAGUUACGAGUAUCCGUUUAUCGGCAUACGAGGGGUGUCGGUGACGCGGGACAUCGCCACGGCGAUGGAGCUGCCGGCCGACACCCGAGGGGCGCUGGUGCUGGCGGUGGGCACGGGCACGGCGGCGGAACAGGCGGGGUUGAGGGCAUCGGAUCGGCUGACCGUGAUCAACGGAGCGGAGCUGCCGGUGGGAGGGGACAUCAUCAUGGCGAUGAACGGCACGCCUCUGCUGGGCAUGGACGACGUGGUGGCGUACACCGUGGAGCACACGCAGCCGGGGGAUACGGUUGAGUUCACCAUCAUGCGUGACGGGGAGAAGAUGCAGAUGGAGGUCACGAUGGGAGCGCGGCCGGAGUAG